CAGGUAAUGGGGGAAAACAAUGGUAAAGAAUUGGUAGGUGAUGCACUUUUGAAUUUGAUUCUCUGAUCUCUGUUUUCCAAGUUCAAAAAAUUAGAUUACAAGGAAGAACAUCAAGUCAAAUUCCACAUCAAACGGGCUCAAGAGUUGACUGAUUUAAUCAUCUGGCGCCAUCUUCUUUCUAUGUUUUUUGAGAUCAGCAAUGGCAGAGGCUGCUGGUCCUCCUGAUUCCUCUUCCUCUCUGUCACUCUGCAAGAUGGACAGAAGGAAAAUGCUGCAGGCGUUACAGGGAAUUUUGAUUCUUUACUUGGUACUGGUUGACUUUGGUGUAAUUACACAGUCCUUUGUCCUCCUCUACAUCUUCUUCCCUAUAUUAUCCACCUGAGAUAGACACCACUCAUGGUUGAUCAUUUCAUCUGUGUUCCUCGCCUGACGUUUUAUGUGCAGUAAUCACAGCAGCCCAUUUUGUUGCUAGGAUUCAACAAUGGCGGCUGCUUACAGAGGGAGAGCUGAGCAUUCUCGGAUUGAGAGGGAGACGAGUCCAGCGAGAGCUGCGGUGGUUUACUACCUAUCGAGAAAUGGGCACCUGGAGCACCCUCACUUCAUGGAGGUCCCUCUCUCCUCAUCAUCAGGACUCUAUCUCAGAGGUGUGUGUGUGUGUGUGUGUGUAGGUGCAAAUGAGCAUUCAUCUCUUUGGUAUUUAGUUCCUGAACUCUUGUGUGUGCUCCUUCUACAGAUGUCAUCAACCGUCUCCAUGUCCUCAGAGGGCGAGCCAUGGUUGGUUUGUACUCCUGGUCGUCCAAAAGGAGCUACAGGAACGGGUAUGUGUGGCAAGAUCUCUCGGAGGAUGACUUCAUCCACCCUGUUCGUGACAAUGAGUAUGUGCUCAAAGGAACGGAGCUUCUCCACCUCAACUCCUCUUCCUCCUCUGGUUCCCAGGAACUCUUUCUCCCUUCUUCUACCAGCUCCAAAUGCGCGCAAGAGGAUUCUGCUGCCUCCUUUUCGAGAGGGAAGCAGGCCACCCGGAGCUCUUUCUACAAGAGCAACACGAGCGCCGAGACCACUGCAAACUCCAUCGACGCGUCUACUCAGACGGAGGAGCACAAGAGGCAACAGCGGCGAGCUCCGGUGGCCGAAGUGGAGCGAGCGGAGAAUCCCAAGUCUGCGAAGGUGGCGGAGAAGCACCCCGCGACCGAGCUCAGCGGAGACGAGGUCUCGCCGCCACCUUCGUCGUCCAGCCCGGAGACGCUGGAAGCGCUGAUCAAGGCCGACGGCCGCUGCAUUAUGGCGGUCAGGCCGGAAGAGAAGGGCUGGUCGGUCGGCGGCUGCUUGAGCGGGAGAGUGAAGGCCUCCGCGGUGCUGAUGCAUCUGAUCUCGUGCGGUUCGAUCUCAGCGAAGGCGAACGGGUUGUCGUUGAUGCCGCAGUACAGCGGAAGACUCGAUCGUGCCGAGUCGAUGGGGCACAUGCCGAGCUUCCGGUCCAUUAGUUCGGAGGACAAGGAGGUCUUCACCAACAAGAUGCGUGGUGAUGAUGACGAUGGAGAGCUUCCACCGGUCUUGAAGAAAUCCUCAUCUUACGAUGCCGAUCGGUAAGCUUCCACUCUCCCUUCUUUUUAAGCUAAACAUCUCAUUCAGGAAUCAUCACAUGUAUUUUUGGAGUCACCGUAGAUGGAUUCAAUCUUGUAGUUUGAAUGGAAUUGUCGAUUCAUAUACUAACGUAGAAACAGCUUCUUUCAUGGAUUCAUGACCAGGGGCUCGAAGAUGAAUCUGGCAAAAGAGGUUGAAGACGACCGUGCCAGAUGCAUACCAAGAAAGGCCAAGACAAGAAAAGAAGGGAAACCACAGAAGUAGAGAUCCAUAAUCUGCCGAUGAUCGAGCAGAGCAUUCUUCUUGUAUCAAAGCAAUAUUAGGUGCAGACAUGAUGGACGAACCAGUUGGCCAAUCAGAAGCAAGAAUUGAGAUGUUGUCCUUAAAGUCCAAUUUUAAUCUCUCUAUCUAAAUCAAAUAUCCCUUGGGAUUGGAUGAACGCUUGUAGCUAAAUCCCAUCUUCCUAUCCCCGUAGUGCUAAUGCUUCCUAUACUUCAAAUCAUCAAAAGACUAAGUAGGCCUCAAACUAAAGGUUCCAUUUCCAUGAGGCUGCAACAGCAUGCUGAACUGUAAAGAGAACCUUUGUCCUCAUCAAUGUCUCCAUAUUUUGACAUAUGAAGCCACCGAAAGCAAAAGGCGACCAUGCACGAAGAAUAUACCCCGUGAUCCCUUUUCCUUCUUCGUCUCUUCUUCUUCCUCUUCGACACGCCUUGUGAUGGCUUGCUUCCACCCCUUUGUCCUCAACUUCAACGCUUUACCGAGAUGGGUGUGUCACUGUUGCUAUCAGUCUCAAACAUUUGAGAGAAAUGAAUCAAUUUGUUCCAUUUAUACACUAUAUGAUUCGUACAAAACGCGAUUAGUCUCUUUUAUCUGCCAGCAGCAUUUUAACACCAAUAGAGGGGACACCACGCGCCAAUUAAUCUAUUCACAGCACACAGAUAUAAAUCAGAUGAAAAAUCCAAAUUUUCAGCAUUCUAC